AUGGACGACGACGAGGAAAUGCACGACUCUUCUAGUACAACCAGUAGUCAACCGCAAUCGUGGAUCAAGUGGUUUUGUUCGCUUGCUAGUCAUGAAUACUACUGUCAAGUCGACGACGAUUUCAUUGAAGACGGCUUCAAUUUGACUGGACUAGUGCAGCAAGUGCCCUUAUACAAGGAGGCUCUAGAACUAAUUCUCGACAUGGAACGCGAAGAAGACGAAAUGAGCUCCACGAUACCCGACGUCAAAUGCUUAUGGCUUAGCGGCCGCCUUUCGCCCAUACCUGGUCAGACAGGUCCAUGA